AUGUUUUCCUCCUACGUUUCCCUCUGGGUCAUCUGGGCCGGUGCUGCCGCUGCCCACCCUCCGGAGGUCAGCGCCAGCGUUGGCGUCGACGUCUCCACCGACAUCUCGAUUGGCUACCCUGCCAUUGUCCUCGUGCCAGGAGCCUUCGGCACGCCAGCCGGCUACGACAGGAUCGUUCCUUACCUCGAGGAUGCCGGCUUCGAGACCGUCGACGGCGCCUACCCCAGCUCCGACCCGCCUGACCCUGCCGACGCCACGUCCCUCAAGGACAUUGCCCACCUCCGUGACGAGAUCCUCCAGCCGCUCCUCGACGAGGGUCGCGAGCUCGUCGUCGUCGCCCACUCGUACGGCGGUAUCGUGGCUGGCGGGGCUGCCAAGAACCUGAGCAAGACGACCCGUCGGGCGCAUGGUCUGGCCGGAGGUGUCGUAGGUCUGUUCUACAUUGCUGGGAACAUUGCCUUUGAGAACCAGACCCUACUCGAGGCCGUCGGCGGUGCUUACCCCGACUUUAUCAAGCUGGACAGCCCCUCGGAGGAUCUCGCCAUAAUCUCUCCCGCCAUGGACGUCCUGUAUAACGAUCUCCCGGCCUCGGACGAGCCCGAGCUGGCCGGGUACAUGACCCCCCACGCCUACUUCGCCUUCCAGACGCCCCCGUCCGCCCCCGCCUGGGCCGAAGCCGAGUACGGCGGGAGGCGUACCUAUAUCCGCACCCUGCGCGACCGAUGCAACCCUCCCGCUCUCCAGGACCUUUGGCUCUCGUCGACCGGCGUCACCUGGGACGUUGUCGGCUUCAACACGUCGCACAUGCCCUUCGUCAGCCAGCCCGAGGCCCUGGCCAUCCAGCUCAUCGAGUCUGCUAAGUCGUACGCCUAA